AAGUCACCGAGUCAAUGGCUGUUGUUCUAAAAGAGAAAUUUGAUGACAUCAAGGAACAAAUUGAGGGCAUUGAAAGGUCAGUUAACUUCAUAAGUGACGAAUACGACGCUAUGAAAACUCGCUUGGAUACCUUGGAGGCUGGGCAUAAGGAAUAUGUGAGGCGCUUUCAUGAAAUCGCUAGUAAUAGUGGCGAACAAAAGGCGGCUAUACUAGAAGCAAAAAUAGAUUCCAUGGAACAACAGGCGCGCCAGUGCAACAUUGAGGUCUGUAAUUUGCCGGAAAAAAGAAAUGAAAACUUGUUAACUAUUACAGAGUCGAUAUGUAGUACCAUAAAUUCACCGGUAUCGCACAAUGAUAUUAUAUCCGUACACAGAGUGCCCCAUGCGCGCCAACAGGAUACUAAACCUAAGAAUUUGAUAGUCAAAUUCAGGUCGCGGAUCAUUCGUGACAACGUACUUAGCGCCUAUCGUAAUGCGAAGAGCAUCAAGUCUGAUCAGAUCGGAAUAUCAGGCGCUUCUGUUUCUGUCUACCUGAAUGAACACCUGACUCUAAAGAAUAAGGCGUUAUUUCGUGAGGCCAAAAUACUUGCUAAGAAAAGUGGAUUUAAAUAUGUUUGGGUCAGAAACGCAACCAUACUUGUGCGUGAGAGAGACAACGACAAGUCAUUCGCGAUUCGCUCCGUUGAAGACCUCAAUAAGAUCGUUGCUAGUAAGAAGAAUGGUACAAAUAGCGCCAACUAAUGAUUUUAAAGACACUAUUAUAUUUUGUAUUAAUGUUUUUUCCCCCUGCUUACUGCUUUUAUGUGUUAAAUUAUUUG